AUGCUCCCGUCGUUGAAGAUACAAAUAACGAACCCAAAUGUAUAUGAAGAGUUGCUUUUUGGAACAGGGAAAGAGGACGAUAGAUAUUGUGAUACCAAACGUGGAUUUGAAGAGUUACGUGCAAUGAUACCACGACCAGCAGUAGGAAUCAACAGUCGUGCGGCAAACGGUGGUCAAGACUUAAUACCACCACCAAAAAACAGUUCUGAGAAAGAGAAGUCACAUGAAGACUUCAUUAUGAACAAUGUGGCAGAAAUCACCGAGGGUAGAGCCAACGAGCUGUUGGAUAUUUUGAAGAAAAACUCUUUGAAAGCAUGCCAACCUUUUGCUUUGAAAGAUGACUCCAAUGGCAAGUCCAACGGUGAGAAGGAGUGGAAGGACUUGAGUGGAGAAGACCGUGUGUAUCUGGUAAUGCCAACCCUGGAAAAAUCGGUGGAAGAAGCUGGGGAACUGGAGGCUCUUAAUCUUUCUCGUGGUCUUUGGGUUGUGGAGCUUCUGGUUCAGCCCAAGUGGUCAAAUAUGUUACGCAAUAGAAGAAGAAAUAAGUUUGCUCGUUUGGGUAAGGACACCGAAGAGAAUAGUAGUAGUUCAUAG